AUGUCUGGUGUUCUAUUUGCCUAUAUUAUUAGGAAAAAACUGCAUGUAUCAACUUGGGGAGGUUGGUCCACAGACUGUUUACAGGAAUGGGGCUUAUUUAUGCGCUUAGCGAUCCCCAGCAUGCUCAUGGUGUGCAUUGAGUGGUGGAGCUUUGAGAUUGGAGGCUUUUUGGCAGGUCUUAUAAGUGUUGUUGAACUGGGUGCACAAGCUAUAAUGCUGGAGCUGGCCACAUCAGCUUAUAUGGUAGCAGUUGGAUUAUCUGUGGCAGCAAAUGUUAGAAUAGGGAAUGCAUUAGGAGCUGGGAAUGUGGAGCAAGCAAAAACCGCAUGUAAAGUUAGCCUCAUAUGCAUAGUGUUUUUCUCUCUGGUGUCUGGUAGUUUGUUGGCUGGACUGAAAGAUGUAAUUGCUUAUAUUUUUACCUCUGACAGAGAGAUUGUAACACUGGUUUCCCAACUUAUGCUCAUCUUUGUUCCAUUUCACCUGUGUGAUGCUAUAGCUGGCACCUGUGCUGGCAUACUUCGAGGAACUGGAAAGCAAAAGAUUGGUGCUAUUACAAAUGCUGUUGGGUAUUACCUUGUUGGUUUACCCAUAGGAAUAGCACUGAUGUUUGCAGCAAAAUUUGGAGUAAUAGGUCUGUGGAUUGGACUAAUCUUUCCUGUGUUUAUGCAAGCUUCCUUUUUUGUGGUCUACGUUCUGCGUAUGGACUGGAAUAAAGCAUGUCAGGAGGCUCAGAUUCGAGCAGGAGUGAAAUCAAAGAAUGAAGAUCUUGCAUCCAGCACCCCAGCAGCAGAUUGUUCUGGCACCAAGUCUGAUGAAGUUACAAAUGGUGGCGUGCAGUCUUACAAUACUGGCUAUUCUGUUGUGGAUCAGGAUGUUCAAGGUGCUGUUAUUAUCAUCCCAGAUGGUGGGUUUAGUUUUACAGAGCAUAUGGUGUUACAAGAAGAUUCAUCCCUAGAAGCUGUGAACAUAGUGGGUGAAAUUCUCUCCACCAAGCAGCUAAUACUGCGAAGGGGACUUGUAGUGUUUUUAGUAGUGACAGUGCUUCUAAUAGGAGUCACAGUUCGACUUUUGACUGGCAAUGGAUAG